GCUUUGGCAUCAGUUAACAAUGCGGGUGCAGAACUUUGUACAGAAUCCCUGUUUUGCCUCUGGCGAUGGGUUAAUCAAGUUGUACGAGAAUUUUAUUAGCGAAUUUGAGCACAGAGUUAAUCCUCUGUCGCUUGUGGAAAUCGUUCUAAAUGUGGUUCGACAGAUGACAGAUCCGAACCAGGCCGUCAAGUUUUUGGAUGAUACCAAAGAUAAGGUCAAACCCAGCGACGAGGCAGUAAUUCUCUGCAAAACGGCAAUCGGUGCUUUAAAAUUAAACGUAGGCGACCUUCCAGUCACAAAGAAAACGGUCGAAGAUGUAGAGGAGAUGCUGACUAAACUUCCUGGAGUGACCUCUGUUCAUGGCCGUUUUUAUGAUUUGUCCAGUAAAUACUAUCAAAUCGUUGGAAACCAUGCUUCUUACUACAAGGAUGCCUUAAGGUUCUUGGGCUGCAUUGAUAUUAAAGACUUGCCAGUUGCAGAACACCAAGAAAGAGCCUUCACCCUUGGACUAGCAGGGCUUUUAGGAGAAGGAGUUUACAACUUCGGGGAACUUCUGAUGCAUCCGGUCCUGGAAUCUCUGAGAACCACAGACAAACAGUGGUUGAUAGACACGUUGUAUGCAUUCAACAGCGGAAACGUGGAAAAAUUUCAAGCUCUCAAGACUUCUUGGGGACAGCAGCCAGACCUCCGAGCCAACGAGCUGCGUCUGAUGCAGAAGAUCCAACUGCUGUGUCUAAUGGAGAUGACGUUUACCCGUCCAGCCAACCAUCGGCAGCUAACCUUUCAGGAGAUUUCUCAGGUGGCCAAAGUUCCUAUCAAUGAGGUGGAGCUCUUGGUGAUGAAGGCUCUGUCGGUGGGCUUGGUGAAGGGAAGGAUCGAUGAGGUAGAUCAACGGGUGCACAUGACAUGGGUGCAACCCCGAGUCCUGGACCUGCAGCAGAUUAAAGGGAUGAAGGAACGAUUGGACUACUGGUGCGAAGAUGUGAAAAAUAUGGCCCUGCUCGUGGAACAUCAAGCCCACGACGUUCUAACCUAAAAGAUGGUUCUAAACGU